AUCCCAGGUUUACUGUUUGGGCUUCCCAGUCCUCGAGUCAUUCUCGAACUUGAGCCCCCCAACUGAACCCUUCGUGCUGAAGUCAAAUUCCUGCCCCUUGCAGUUGUUUCUUCGAGCCGGACGCACGCUCCUCCAAACCACGAACUUUGAGCUCUUCUUUCGUCACUUGUAAUCUCUCCAAACUCAGCAAGAAUGUCGGCGGCGUAUAUUCCAGUGUCCACCCACAGCCCGAGGGACAGCGAAGAAGAUGCAGCAAGCUCACUUCUCGAGGAGAAGCCAGUCUCUCACAGAAGACGAUGGUGCUCGAGCGUACGCUGGUCGAUGCUCGCGACCAUAAGUCUUGUUGUUUAUUCCCUGGGAAUUUGUUGGGUUACGAAGCUGGCUCUCCUCGGAUCCUAUCGUCCUCAACCUUCCGCCCCAGCCUCCAGUUUUCCGCAUCCGGACGAGAAGGAGUAUGUCAUCGCCGAGACGGGUCAGCAUGGUGAUACUUGGACACAUCGUCUGGUCCACGGAAGGUCGAGUCCCGAGAUUGAUGACGCUUGGUAUGACCUGCUCAAGCCGUUCAACACUCGGGUUCCGGCAGAGCGGUAUGAAGCUACCAUGAACAACCGCACUUCGGUUCGUGUGGCGGAUGGCUCAGAUAAUCCGGAUUAUUAUGUCACACUGACCGUGUAUCACGAACUCCAUUGUCUAAUGAGAUUUCGGUGGUUCCUCGACCCCAAGUACUACGCGAACAAGACAUGGGAGGAACAAGCCGCAGACAAGGCCGCCAUGGGCCAUUACAGGCACUGCCUCUGGAGUCUCCUCGAGUCGGUUCUCUGCAAUGGCGACACGUCUAUCCGGACGUUCCACUGGGAUCCGCACAUGGCAGCGCCAAAGCCAGACUCACCAGCGGAAAGGAAAUGUGUGAACUGGGACUGGCUCCACAACUGGACGAUGGAUCGUUCGUUUCUUUUGCAAGACCGGUUGCUUAGCCAUCCGACGUUUGGCCGGCUGAAUGAGAAUUUGAUGCCGGUGAGGGUGCCUCAUUGAAGAGUGACACAAAGUGAGGGAGAUGGGGACAUGUGAGCUGUUAGGCACUUGGAACCGCUACUGAAAGAAAUAGUGUUGUGGUGGAUUCGGGGAAAUACAAGCUUCAAUUACAAGCACCAGUCUUGUUUCAAGUUAUC